GCGCCACUUUCCCCGGCGGAGCCGCGACCACCGUCCUUACUCAUCGUCGAUGGUAAAAGAAUAAGCAAGGUGGACUCCGUAGCAGUUUCCUGCUGUUUGCAAAACCUUUCGCUGUCGCCUCAAUCUCCAUAAGUGGCCGUAGUGGUGCUUUGUCCCGGUUCGCUCGCUUUUCAGAGUUGGUCUCCGGUAAAACACUUAUCAUCCAUCCCUACGGUUCCGCAAGUUAUGUUGAUUAACGGUGUGCUUUUGGUUGUCUGACAACCGAGCAUUGUUUUUUUAGUGGCUAUUGAUAAAUAUAUGUAGGCAAUGCUUCCAAGUUCCAAAUAUGACCGUGAGUUCUUAUCUUACUGAUUUCCUUUAGUUGCUUUGUCAACUUGCAUCUUAGGUUGAGGACAAUGGUGGGUUUUAAGAAUAGAUACAUGGUGAUGGAAGUUUUCUUGGAUCCAAAUCGAGACAUCAAAGGCGAUGAUUCUGUUAUCAUUACACCGUUCAAUUUGAUGAAAGCAAUUAAAGAUAGCAUUCUUCCAAAUUUUGGAGAAUGUUUCUUGGCUUCGUCACUUGGUUCAAUGCAAGUCAAGUAUGUGAACCCCAUCACAAAGAUAUGCAUAAUCAGAGUUUCUAAAGAGAACCAUCAGAAAGUUUGGUCAGCUAUUACCAUGGUCCGGAAGAUAGGGAAUUGCCCGGCAUUUUUCAACCUACUGGACCUUAGUGGAAGUAUAAGGGCUUGUAGAGUAGCUGCUUUAAAGUGUGACGAGAAGAAGUUUGAGCACUACAAGCUCAUGGCUGGGGACCGAUUGUCCACUGAUGAUAGUCAGCGCAUGCAAAACUAUCUGGAGAAGAUCAAACUUUUGGAGAACUGAUACUGUUGCUGCCUGUUUAGGUAUGGUUUGGUAGCGUAGAGUAGGGAGAUCAUUUUGGGGCAAUAGAGUAAAAUGAUUUGGUGGAGAAGGUUCUUUGUCUGUGUUUGUGGAUAUAGUGAUAUGUUUUUGUGUCUGUUUGCACGUUUCUCAGAAAAGGUUUGUAUCUGUGAGAAUGAUCAAAUUUGACCUCGUGUAUUCUAUACCAGGUAUGAGGUAGGGAAGUUUAGUUUCUGGCACUUCGUAGCUGCUGAGUAUGUUUUGGGAUAAUCUCUCUUUACCCUUCAUUGUGUGAAGCCAAUGAGUUUUCUGGAAUACAUAUUGCAAAUCUGUUUAGUGUGAACAUGGAAAGGAAACACAUUAACCGUUUGGAGGAGUAUACAGAACAGGUACGCAGACAUGUUUAUAAGAAACUAUUGGGAGCAGAGAGGAAAUAUAAAUUAUCAUGCCAAAUAGAGAGCACUUCAGAAACCGGCUUGUUGGCGUUUGGCAUAGGAACUUGGUGGGCAUGAAUGGUGAACCUCUUCUGAUGCAGACCAUGGAGACAUUCUUCAAAGCUGUUUUCUAGAGUGGCAACAUCAUAUGUUGUGCAGGAGAUAAAAGCUUCUGCUGUACUUGUAUGGUGCCAAUUCAGGGCCCUCAAUUGGACAACAUUUGAACUGUUAUGAUUGCAUUCCUCUGUAGUUUAGUGGUAUAAUCUGGUAUGGGGUAAGUCAACGAUUCCCACUCCCGCACAGUUUUCUACUCUAGCUGACUGUUCUUGACAGAUUGACAAAUAAGAAAGCCGUCAGAACCGAUAGAUUGUGUGCUGUGUCUGGGAAUGCGUUGAGUAGGACACAUAUGUUUGUAAGCUGCUCUUAUACUCAGUAAGUUAUCAGACUAUGUGUCGGGGCAUAGAUUGAUAUUUUAGCUUUAAGUUAUUGAGAUUGCAUUCUGCAAUAAGCAGUGUAGAAAUGGAGUGGUAACAAGUGUUGGUGCUCGAGUUGGGAAGCCAGCUUCGUCUCCUCUAGUAAGCUAUACACGAGGAGGCGAUGCAAACAGAUGUAUGGAGUAGCUGCUGCUUCUUCUCCACUGCCACUGUGUUCAAGAAUCAAAGGGGAAGUUCAAAGUCUGGCCAUGAGUGACCUGGAUCCGGAAACUGCCAUUAUUUUCGGUUCAAAGUCUGGCCACUGUGUUCAAGAAUCACCAGCUUGGGAUGGUGAUAUCGCAUCAAUACAGAAUAUAGUUUGUUGGUUCCGCAUUUUUGUUUCUUUGUUGUGUGUUACUGGCAAGAUACCUUGCCAUUAUUUUUUCAUGAAAUGUCAUGCCUUAUCCUACAAAAGAAUUGCGUGAAAAAUAUUAAUAAAAAAAGGCACAACAAAACUCGAGACAAUUUUUACAUUACGUGGGAGAAAUAUAUGAUUUUUUCAAAUCCUCUCCCUAAAAUUUAGCAUGGUAGAUAAAUCCUUUCCCAAAGCCCUAAUUUAGUCGUGAAUCAUUUCCCAAAUCCUGAUGCGAGGAGUAGAGAACAAUGUCCAAUGAGGAAGAAGAAGAAGAAGAAGAAGAAGAAGAAGAAGAAGAAGAAGAAGAAGAAGAAGAAGAAACACAGAAGGAUGAGGUGUGCCGGAGCCGGCUGCUGGUGCUACUGCUACUGCAUUGAGCUACAUUCCUUUUUCCUUAUUCUUGUGGUAAACUAACUGCAUUCUGAUUUAUUGCAGGAUCAUGUCAAGUUUCAUAUUUCCUAAUUGGGAGGUAAUGUGGAAGAGCCGUUAGGUUUGAAUGGUAAGUUUGAGGGGGCCGUUGGAUAACAAUCCUUCGUGCCUCCUUGGUGGAGUCCAUUGACUGUUGUUUGGUUCGGGAGCAAACACUAAUGAAUGAACAACCCCGUCCAGUCCAACAAUGUAUGUUUGAUUUCCACUUCAGUAUGUGUUCAGAGGUAACUAAUAGUCAAUUAACUGGCCACCAAAUCGUCCACUCUUGGUAAGGCCUAAAUUCCCUUAUAAAAACAUCCAGCACUCUGCUUUUCUUCUGGCUCCUCUAUGUGUUUCAGUGUUUGUUCAGAGAAUAACAGUACCGAAGCUGUCUCAUUGCUUCGCCUGCAAUGACUUACUGAUCUUUCUUCAUUUAGAGAAUAGUACGUGGUCCCUUCCUUGGUUCCCACUGUCUUGUUUCAGAUGAAUUCACUGUCCAUGGCAUGCUAGCUGUAGUUUCAACAUCUAUGUGCAGAACAAGUAAUUGCUGUUUCUCUAAAUGUAAGUGCUAUCCGCCGCCGCUGCUGCAUUUUUUGCUGUUCGGAUUAUCUGUGUGCUGUUGCUGGAAUUGGGGCUUGUUGGGUGCUGGUUGGUCCAAAGCCAAUUUGUUUACACUGGCCUUGGUUGUACUUGGGACCGAGCGUUUCUGUUAGUUGUAUACGUUGGGACACGGUUGGGGUGCUUCCUUCUGUUUCAUCCCUUGUGAAGCAUAGCCUCCUGCUUGCUUUAUUUGUUUCUUUACUUCUAAUAUUCUCAUAUCAUUGAUAUAAGAAUAAAAUAACAUGGAAAGUGUUGUUCACAUAUCCAAACAUGUCCCAAAAGUUGAAAUGUUUAUGAACUGUGAGUGAAUAUUUAAGCACAGUUGUGUCUCUUCAAAAGGGAAUAUCAACAAAAGACACACACAAAAAAAAAAAAAAAAGAGGUUGAAAAUAAUAAAGAAGAUGAAAAGAUCGAACAACUUGUUCAUAUACAAGUAAGAGAAGACGUGCUUGAGUUAGUAAGGUUGGUCUUUUACUGCAAAGAAAGAAGGAUCAAGAUACUUUGGUAUUACAAUAUUUGAAUUGAGCUGCUUACCCUGAAAUGGUGCUGCUUUUGCAACGGCCAGUCUUCUAUGCAUCUGUAACUUGAUUGUCACUUUAUUUAAUUUGAAUUUCUCAACUGGAUGAAUGUCUGCAGGAUUGUGGAAUUAACGUGCAAGUAGCUGUUGCUGGUGGUUUGGAGGCUUCUGUCAUGGCUGAGGAUAUUGUGAAACCAUUGUUGGAUCCUGAGAACUUCAAUCGAGCAUUGAUUGACUUAGUGAGUUGUGCAUCACUGGAAUGUGGAAUUUCCUGCCUAUUUUACUGUGCUGACAAGGAAUUUUGUUGACUUGACACAAUAGGAAACCUUACCGUUAGAAGAUGUUUUUGAACAACUACGAACUUCACUUGAUGGACUUACAUCUGAAGAUGCUAAAGCUCGUUUGACAGUGUUUGGGCCAAACAAACUGGAAGAAAAGCCGGUAAGCACCUUUCUCUGUAAGCUUAAAAAAGUCAUAUUCCACCAUCAAAAAAAUUAUGACGGAAUCUUAUUUGGCCACUCGUGCAAUGUGUCUGGUUCUCAGUAACAGGUCGGCAUAUUGAAGCGAUAGUUCUUUUCUAUCCAUUCUGUCUGUAUCUACUUGCAUUUGCUAUUUGUACUUAUCCUUGAUGAUAUAGUGUGUGUCAAUAGUACAGUGCUCUGUUAAGUCAGUAGAUCCCUGCUCCAUGCAGUGCUUGCCCCUAGUUUCAGGUGUUUUACCUCUGAACUUGAACCUUAUAUGCACUUGGAUUGCAUAAUGCCGGAGCUUGCCCAACUCUCAAAUGACUUUAUCAUAGCUAAUUUCCUUAUAGCAAGGUGGUGCACAAAAUAUCAUCUUGAUCCCCAUAAUCGUUUGAUAUAUUGGUCUUUUCCGCUUCAGGUGGUAUAUUACUAAUUAGUAGUAUCUGAAACUCUGUUUUCGGAUUUCAGUUUCUCAUUAAUGCAUUCAAGUUUUGUCAGUGCCUACCUGAGGCAUGCCCUUGCCAUCAGCUUCCUUACAGUGAGAAGCGGGCUUGCAGUAUAUUCCCAUUAAAAUUUAGCACACUAAAUAAUAAAGCUGGUCACUUACAUUCCGUCUUUGCAAUUCAGGAGAACAAGUUAUUGAAGUUCCUUGGGUUUAUGUGGAAUCCUUUGUCAUGGGUUAUGGAAGCUGCAUCAAUAGUGGCAAUAGCCCUUGCUAAUGGCGGAGUAAAUAACCAGCCAUCUGUUUGCAUUUCCCCGCUUUCUAUUAGUUGAUAACAUUGAGGUAUUGUUAGCUGAUGAAAGUUAUGUGUUCAGGGUGAAGGCCCUGACUGGCAGGACUUUCUGGGUAUUGUUUGCCUGCUGUUGAUCAACUCAACUAUAAGUUUCAUUGAGGAAAACAAUGCUGGAAAUGCUGCAGCUGCAUUGAUGGCUGGUCUGGCACUAAAAGCAAAGGUAGUACAAUCUACAACUCUUACCACAUAGCUAAAACAAUAUGACUAAAUUGGAAAGGAAAGCAAUUACGACAGAAUCAGCAAUGGCUCAGAAUUUCCUCAAGUUUUUCUGUUUGGUAAUUUGAACUUUGUGAUCCUGAUACUAAAAAAUACAUGCAUACAGAAUUUGGUUUCUGAGUUAUAGAGAUUUUCAAUUGGUAUGUGAAGGGAUUCAGGAGUUCUACUUACCAAGAUGGCGGCAUUACAUUUUUACCAUACGCUACUGCUGCGUGCUUAAAAAAUUAAGUACUAGUGGCAUAAUAAAGUCAUAAUGAACUCGAGCAAACUUAGAAUGAAUCAUUCUUUUCUUUUCUUUAUGGAUAGAAAAUUAAGAACUAGUUGACAUAGAAAGCACAUAACAACCAUAGUUCCAUGAGUAGGCAGGUUGUGCAGGUAUGCGCUCACUAUUGAUUACUACUUUACUAAUAGAAGCCAUAGAAGAUCAAUAAACAGAAAAUUCAUGCUCAGGAGGUCUCCUAGAUAGGAAUGUCAGUGUUAUGAGAACAUACACACUUUAUAAAGUUUCUUGCAAGUGUACGUCUUACUGGGGGUUUCUUGCCCAGGAAUGCAGCUUAUUCUUUCUAAUUGCAGGUUCUCAGAGACAGAGAAUGGCAGGACAUGGAUGCAGCUAUUCUGGUGCCAGGAGAUAUAAUAAGUGUUAAGCUUGGGGACAUAAUCCCUGCAGAUGCUCGGUUGCUUGAAGGAGAUCCACUAAAAGUUGACCAGGCACGUGUUGGCAAUCUUGGAUCUCAUCACAAUCACAACUUCUUUUUCUUGGUGAAAUGCGUUCCUUUUUUCCCUUUGUACGAAUCAAUCAUCUUUUUUUUUGUUGUUGUUGUACGAAUCAAUCAUCUAGAGCAACUGUUCAGCAAUAAUGUCAAGUGCCGGUUUCUCUGUGCAGUCUGCCCUUACAGGAGAAUCUCUUCCUGUCACUAAGAAAACAGGUGACGAGGUUUUUUCUGGUUCUAUAUGCAAGCACGGAGAAGUUGAAGCUGUGGUGAUAGCUACUGGGGUUCACUCCUUUUUAGGAAAAGCAGCUCAUCUAGUGGACUCCACUUACGUUGUUGGGCAUUUCCAAAAGGUAAUUGUCUCGAUUAAGCACCGCGCCAAAUUGAAACCCAAGCCGUAAAUUAUGAUCUAUGCUACUGGUAUGUGUGAUAUUCUGAAUCCACUUGAUAAUAAAGCUUGGUUGUAUAAAAUUUGAAUUCAAUUCUGAAUUUCUUCAGAUACUCCUUUUUACCCUCCUGUUAAUUUUAAUUGAACGGUUGAGUAUUGUGAAGAUUUGCUACAACUGCAAACUGACCAUUCAAAUGUUUGAAUGAGGCCACACUUGAUACUUCAUUCUUAAUUUCUUGUAUCAGGUCCUUACCUCCAUUGGGAAUUUCUGCAUUUGCUGUAUAGCUGUGGGAAUAGUUCUUGAAAUCAUUGUCAUGUUCCCCAUACAGCAUCGAUUAUAUAGGAAAGGAAUCAACAAUCUUCUCGUGCUCUUGAUUGGAGGAAUACCCAUAGCCAUGCCGACAGUAUUAUCUGUCACACUUGCAAUCGGUUCUCAUGGUCUUUCCAAACAGGUGCAAACGUAAAGGCUGCCGUAAAGGAAUGUAGCAGAGUUUAUUAGUCAAUUUGGGAAGAGAAAGAUACUUUCUGUGGUCUCUGAGAUAAUGACAUGGAAGUCAAAUGCUUAUUAUGGCAUGCUUCUCCAAAUUCUUUUUCUUUUUUCUGUUUGUUCAGGUUCACGGAUAUCUUAUUUUUGUUUUUAUUGUACUAGGGUGCUAUUACAAAGCGGAUGACAGCGAUUGAGGAGAUGGCAGCCAUGGAUGUCCUGUGUAGCGAUAAAACUGGAACUCUGACAUUGAACCACCUUACAGUUGAGAGCAACCUUGUUGAGGUAUGCAAAUCACCAUUUCCAAUGUUCUGCUGACACUGCAUCUACUGCAGCUAAACAGGAGUUCAAGACUUUGUAAAUUCAUAUAAGCAGCAUGAUGGAAACUUAAUCUUUACAGGUAUUCAACAAAAAUAUGGACAAGCAGAUGAUUAUUUUGUUGGCAGCGCGAGCAUCAAGAGUAGAGAAUCAGGAUGCCAUCGACGCUGCCAUAGUUAACAGGCUAGGAGAUCCCAAGGAGGUAAAAAAAAUGUGCUAUACUAUUUGGUUGGCUGGCCAGAACACUAAAGUACUCCAAAAUGAUGUUUGUUCUACUCGUUUCAUCAUUGUAGCUUUAUUCACUUUUUUGUCCAGGCACGUGCCAACAUCAGGGAAAUUCACUUCAUGCCCUUCAAUCCAGUGGAUAAACGUACUGCCAUCACGUAUAUUGACUCCGAUGGAAAAUGGUAUCGAGCAAGCAAAGGGGCUCCUGAGCAGGUGCUUUUUUAAGCUUUGACAUUUUCCUCUCUAUCUCUGUCGUGCAUGUUGAUA